GGCCUUAGCACACUCGGCCCCGCAUUCUUUCAUCGUUGUUGGGGUGAGGCAGGCCCAAGAAGUCAGACGGCAGCGCUUGUCCCCUCGCAACAAAGACGAGGCCCCAGAUCGACGAAGCAAGCAACCACACCGCACCCAAAGUCCCAAACCAUAGCCGACGCCUCCUCCUCCUCCUCCUCCGGGUUCUUGCGGCGUGCCCGUGCCUCCUAGGUGCCAUCAUGCCAUUGCGCUCUCCCUCCAGCACGGGUCGGCAGGAUAUGGGGCCCCGUGAUUCGCCACCGUCGGAGCUGGGUGGAUCCGGCAAUGGAGCAAGAGCUGAUGUUGCUAGGAAGACGAAGGAGGUUGAACGUAUGUUGUCAAAGUUAGAAGAAGCGGGAGUGGAGAUAGAUGACAAGAUAGCUAGUAUUAUUGAUGAUGAGAUAGCUAGAAUUAGAGCUGAAGUUGAGAGGGAGAAAAACAUCGAUGCGCUAAAAGACAACGGGUACCUGUUGGGUGGAUCCGGCAAUGGAGCUAGAGCUGAUGUUGCUAGGAAGACGACGGAGGUUGAACAUAUGUUUGCAAAUUUAGAAGAAGGAGUGGAGAUAGAUGGCAAGAUAGCUAGUAUUCUUGAUGAUGAGAUAGCUAGAAUUAAAGCGGAAGCUGAGAGGGAGAAAAAGAUCAAUGAGCUAAAAAUCAACGGGUGUGUGAUACUGUACACUAUAUCAGUGAUUGCUAUUGGUUUCGUGCUUGGAGCGGACUUUGUUGAACAGUCCCUUCCUGCGCUCGUGGCCAAGGCUAUCAUUUUCGGUGACAGAAUACCCUAGGGCUCGUGGGUCCACUCUGCUUAUGAUAUGUAAAACCAAGUAGGGUAGUCUUGGUAAAGCAUUGUUAGCUAGCUAUGGUAUACAAAACCUGUUUAUGUUGUCUGAUAAUUGCCGUGCUAUACUGUAGUUUUUGGCCUAUAAUUAUGUAACUCUUACUGGUAA